UUUUGUGUGAAGAUAAAUUAGUGAAAUAUUAGAUUAGCCCAUUCAUUUGGGAUAGCGAAGAAAUGUUUUACCCGAAUACGCUUGUGCAAGAGAAAAAUCGUUCAGCGCUGCUGCUUUCCUCGCCCGUCGCUGUGUCCUGCUGCUUCUGCCACUGUUCUGCUCUACGCACGCAUCGAUUUGGGCUAAACGUUAGAUACCUCCUAACGCAGUUGUUAGGGUGGAAAAAUAAGUACAUAAUAAUAAUGAAAUGCCGUUCGUUUGUAAAUUAAGACAACAUUCUUAACAUUCGGAAUUGGAAUUCGGAAUUAAAAUAAGUGCAAUACCAACUGCAGGCGACAGCAACGCCAUAAAUAACUAAAGCCAUUCAACAUAGUAAAAAAAACCGAAUAUCAAAAACAAGGGGAGAAAUAAACUGCAAGGCAGAGCUAGUUACAAAGCAGCGGCAACGGCAAACGACGGGCAAAACGAAUUACAAACGGUGGAACGGGCACGGAUAUCAUAUACACACCAAUUCACCAAUACACUUCAACGAAUCUUACUGAGAGAGCAACGAUAUCUUCUAAAUGAAGACAAUGUCGCGCUUCGGCUUACGCCGCGGCUUCAAAUUGUCAGAGGAGCAGCAAUUUAAUGGCAAGAAGAGCAGCAACAAUAACAGCACCAACAGUAAUAGCAGCAGCAGCAGUCACAGCAACAGUAACAGGAAUAGUAACAGGAGCAGCAGCAGUCCAUCUUGCACCAACACAGUACCAAGUGCGUUGCCAAUUGGAACGCAUGCAAAAAAUCCAUCAUCGCGUAAGAAGCGUAAUCAUAAUUUUCAGAGCGAUGCUGCUGACGAUGUUGUCACUUCAGCAGCCAUAGCUGCUACCGACGAGGAUGGCGAGGACUAUGCGCAACCGUCAUUUGCCUCAUGCUCAGUUGCUGCGGUGUCCUUGGUCUGUAGCUUGCCCCUGGAUCGGCUGCCACGCCUCGUUGAGAAGCUGCAGCUAAUGACCAACAAGCCAUGUAAACUGGAGAAGUCAUUAGUGGAGCAGCAGCAACAACUGGAUGAUGAGGAGCGCUCUCUUGAUGACUGUGCGGCGGCGGCAGCUUUUAUAAAAGUAUUGUGUUUGUACUGUGAUAAGAAGUUCGCUUCCAAUAAGAUGCAAAUAAAGCAUGUGGAGAAAUUUCAUACGGAGCGCAAGGAGCGGCGCUGCAGUGGACGCAACGUCCAGUUGCCCACCACAAACGUGAAUGCCGGUAGCAGUUUACAGGCCCGUAAUUUUCCCGGUUGUAUGCAUUGUUGCUCCACAAAAUUCAAGCAAUCGCUGAACCAGCAACAACAGCCACAUCAACAACAAAAUCAGCAGCAGCAACAACAUCAACAGCAGAAAGUCUGCUUGCCGGCCAAGCAUUUAGAGGAAUUAUUUUUGCAUAUGACGGAGCGACAUGCGGACAAAUAUUUUGGCUGCAAGCUAUGCAUGCUGCGGUUUCAGGACAAUGAGCAGUUGGUCAAGCACAAGCACAAGAUGCAUGCGGAUGAGGUUCUUAAACGCAAUAGCUGCAGUCCAGCCAACAAUAAUGAGGAAGAUAGCUAUUCCCUUGCCAACAGCAACAACAACGAACGUAAAUCGGAGCGACGCGCCAAACUGCGUCUGCAGAAAAGCAACAGCAGCAGUAAUAGCUCCGAUGCGUGUAACAACAACAGCUGCAGCAACAGUAGCAACAAUCAGGCGUCAAAUUGCAAUGCCAUGAUUGGUGCCGAUGAGCCAGUGCUGUUACGUUUGGGUCUCACCCAGAAUCGAUUGCCGAAUAAUCGCAGUCGUAGUGCGAGGCUGCGUCGCGAAAGCAAGGCCAAUUGUGCCAUAUCGGACAUGCUUCUUAAGUCCAAGCAUGAGGCAGCUGUGGCUGCAGCCGCCGCUGCAGCAGCAGCAGCAGCAGCAGCAACAUCAGCAUCAUCAUCCACAAUAGCAACAUCAUCAGCAGUCGUUGGCAAUUUACUCAAUUGUAAGCCACGCAGCAGUAGUCGCGCGUCUUCGAUGCGUCAGUCGCAGCUCCAAAUGCAGCAACAGCUGCAGCAGCCCCACCAGCAGCACCAACAGCCUGCACAGUCACUGCAUCAACAGCUGGAACAGCAACAAAGCAACAAUAACGAUGCCAUGUUCCGUAUGCCCACCAGAUCGGAUGUACUAUCCUAUAUAUUCGAUGAUAAUUUCUACAAGGAUGUUGUCCUCAAUGUGCGCAACAAUCUACAGCAUUAUCUUGACGGAAAGUUGCGUGUGCAUUGCGAGGACUCCGCGAGCACAACAUCCACCCUAAUGCUGGCCAAAUAUGUAAAAUAUCAGACGACCAGCUUGGAAGGUAACGCCAACUUUGAUACUGCCAUACAUGCGGCCACAAAUUUGGCCAUCAAUACCGCUUAUCCCACACUGCUCACUGCCGAGCAGUAUGGCAAUGUAGAGACACUGCCGUUAGCCAAAUACCGACGUCCGCAUACGAAGCAUUCCUGGAAAUGGAAAUGGGACUAUGUGAAAAAAUUCAAAUUAGUCAAUGAGGGUGGCAAAAUGGUUAAGAAAAUUAAGCAACCGUUUGUCGGUCUGAGAGAUCUGUCGAAGUUGGACAUGUGGACGCAAUUGACCAUGCGGCAAAAGUUUGAUAUGCAUCGAAGCAUUUGCACAACAGCAACAUCUACUGUAACAACAGCAACAGCAGCAAGCGCAGCUGCGGUGGCCGUAGCGACCUGUUCCACAUCCUUUGAACAGCGCACGCGUGAGGAGAAGCAACGCCUGAUGGACCAGUUGAAUUUAAUAUUGGACUUUCGUCUGCUGCCGCAUAUUAUACUGGAGCAGAACGAGCAGGCUAUCAUUAAGUGUGAAAGCGAUGAGUUUGGCGAGCCGAAUGCUAAUCGUGAGCUCCUCGACGGCGAUAACAGCUCCAUGGGCGACCUAAUGACGCAGAGUUUCGCCGACGAGAGUUUUCUGUCGUUACUGCAGCUUCAGCCACGCGCUCAAGCGACACAGCCAAUACGUAAGAUCGUUCUGAGUGGGGAGUGGGCACGUCCACGUUGCUAUCUAUGUGUCUGUUGUGGCGCCAAGUUUGAUAAGCUUAAGUCUUUAGAGGAGCACAAGAUGUUUCGACACUCGCACAUCUAUUCAACACACUACGAGGUUGUGGGACGGGAGCUACUUGCGGGAAAUCUAUUGCGUCACCUGUUCAUACCCAAGCGAGCGUUGAAACGCUACGAUGCAGACCACAGCUACAGUUCAUCGGCCAUGUAUGGUCAGACAAAUGCUGCCGGGUGGCCGCACAAGCAAGAGCGUAGUGUGGCAGAGGAAGAGUCGUCGGAUAGCGUGCAAUCGCUUUCCAAUAGUUGUCGAUUGAAAUCCUUUGAUCACGGCAUGGGCACACCGCCGGCGGUUAGCUGCUCACCGUGCUCCACCUGCUCACCCGUGGCAGCGGGUCUGACGCCAACGCUUAAUGCCAGCAGCUCGCCUGAUGAUGGAGACACCACAGAUACAAAGGUGGGCGCAUUGGUGGAGCUACAGAAUGCCUCGCCAUCACAUAGCAUGCCCUGGAGCAGCAGCAGCUCGUCAACGAGCACGCCGCGUUCCCGUUCCAUGCAACAGCAGGUAAAGCAUGAGCAAGAACGGGAUCGAGAGCAGGAAACGCAACGCAGUCAGAGCAACUGCAGCAAUAGCAACAGUAGCAGCACCAACACGAGCACCACUACCACCAAGGAGCCACUGCAGCAACAUAGUCAGCAGCAGCAAUCUGCCAGUUCCUGCUCCUCUUCUUCGAACUCGCAGUCCACAACCUCCGGCAACACAUCGUCCAGCUGCACGAAAUGCGGACGCAAAUGCAGCGGCCUCAUGGAUCUCUAUCGUCAUAUGCUUGACUGCUCCGGUGAUUACAUUUGGUCACUAGCCAAGAAGCGCAAAUAUCGCUACUAUUGCGGCUCCAAAAAACGACGGCCGUGCAAUAAACACUUUGCCGUGCUGCGAAAGGCCAAAAAGUGUGUCAAAUCCAUGCCUCUCAACGAGCAUCAUCAGCAUCAGUUGUCCAACGACACCGAGGAGAGUGGCUCCAACUUCUCCAAGACUAAGACGCCGCCGCGUCAGCGACCUAGUGAUGCCGAAUCCAUACGAAAAAUGCUGGAAAACCUGCCAGCCAAGCGUGUUUGCAAGAAAAUCUUUCCAACCGACACCAAGGCUAAGAAGGCGAAAAAAUCGAAGAAAAACAAGUUGGUAGUGGCACGUGGAGGUAGCACCACCAGCAGCAGUAGCUCCAAAAAGCUAUACAAUCAACAUGUGCUACGCACCACUCGUGCUCGCCAAGUUUCCCAAGCGCUUUUGGUUCGUAGCGCCAAGGUUCGUGUACAGCAAAAGAAGCAACAGGAACUGGCCAAUCCACAACAGAAGCAGCAGCAAAGGCACAGGCGAGCUCAGCAGCAGCUGUCGAGUCGUAAGAAGAGCGAACUGCUCACAAGUACCACCAACACGUUCAGGACCACCUCAACCUUAACUUCAAACGCAAACACAAAUGCCAACAAGUCUUCCACAGAGAUUUCCGCUAAAGAUGAGGGGGCUGGGGCGGAUGCAGCCGCUGCAAUCGCAGCCCGGCCCGGUGUUAACAGCCACAACACCAAUCCAUCGACCAAGGAGAGAGACGCUAAGAGUAAUGAUCCCAAAUCAAGCACUGCCGGCAUUGGCGCCGCCAUCAAGGCGUCACCCAGAUCUCCCAAAGAAAAUUCACAGCCAGCACCAGCACUAGCACCAGCGCCAGGACCACUACCAUCAUCGAAUACUCUCAUAGAUCAGGACAAUGUUGAUGGCGUUGGCAUGGCCAUAACUCGCAUGCAGCAGCGCCGCGCGGCCGAUGAGCAUAAGCAGCAUGGGGCGGCAAAACAGGUUGCCACAGAGCCGGCAUCGCCGAACAAAAAUCUAAUGCCGACACCACCGACCACGCCAGCACCAGCCUCUGCACCGACCACGAACACGACCACACCCAUCAACAGUGGCCUUGCCAGUCGGACUCCCAUCGUGCCGACACCACCCAGCACCGGCGUGAAGCGCAGCAAGCGCAUCAGCGACUGCAUUGCCAUGUUAACUGGCAAACUGGAGGAGAAACUUAAGACUGAGCAGCCGAAGCAGCCAGCCCCACAGCUUGUUGCAUGCAACCUCGAGUUCAACUUGAACCACGACUUGACGCCUGAGCCCCUAAAAGAGCAACCAAAGCCAACGCUGCCGCACCUGGAGCCCGCAGAUCAGCAUCCCAAGACGCCAAAACGCAAAGCCAUAUCGAGACGCAUUAUCAAACUGGAUGCUCCCGCAACUGACCCUGGUGAACAGGUGAAGCCUUCAAUCGAGCAAUUACCGGAGUCCAAGCAGCCGCUCCUUACUCCCACAAAGGAGCCGCCGAUAGUAGCGGUUGUGCCUGUGCCACUGCCUGUUGUGGCUGCUACGCCUACCAGGCGCACUACAACCAAAGCGGCGGCGAAGCAGAUGGUGGUUCCACUACCUCAGACACCCACAACUUCAGCCACGGCGGCACCGGCCUUAAUGCAGCUAAAACAUACGGCGGUCUCGCUCGCGGCUCUCAAGCAAUAUCCAACCGUGGCCGCCAUCCCAACCACCGUUGGGGCUGACCAGCUGACCCCAGCUUUGGCUAGUGGCCUAUCCAAAAAAUCUUCUGCGGCAGGGGGGACUAUGCCUGCAGUGCCUGUUGUUCCUGUUGCGUUGCCUAUACCCACCGUGCCAUCGGUACCAGUCGCCAUGCCCCUGCCUGCUCAAGCACCCGCGCCAGUGGCCGUUCCGAUGAAUCUUAUGCCAAAGCUGCCAUUAUAUUUGCCAGCUGCUGCUGCUGCUGCAGCCACUUCUGCGCAUUUGAAUCUGCCGUCUAUGCAAUUGCCACCGUUGUCCUUUGAUAAAUUGAACAUGUCAACUAACGCCGGAGGCAGUACCGCCUCAGCACCGAGUGUGGCGCUCACUUCCCUGCCUGGAGCAGCACCAGCAGCUGCCCCUCAUGUGCCAUUAAACCAAACAGUGGGCGCACAUGUGUUGGCACCACCACUGCCGCCACCACUAUCACAGGCGACUCCUCCCACAGUCCUGGCGCCUCCUACAGCCAUCAGUGCAGCUAACUAUGGCAUGGAGCCGUUGAAUUUGACCAGCAAUAGAAACGUACGUAAACAACCACCAGGGGCAGACACGGCGGGAGUCGCCCAAACGCGGUCCAACAUGCCAGCGCGUCGUCAGACCAUCUGUGGUUUCGAGGCGCGUAAUUUGCUUAUCCUGGACGAAAUGGAGCCACUGGAUUUGUCAAAAAAGUCAACGCAGCGCAAGCCUGUCGUGGCAACUUCCGCUUCCUCUACCACCAGUGCUGGAAUGGGGCUGCCGCCGCAGCCAGCGCCCGUUAUGAACCUGGCACAGGAUAUGCCACUGCCACUGGUGCGUGGAGAGCCUGUGGUACCGUCUCUUCCCUCGUCCGGGGCUCUUCUGUCCGCCUCGGAAUCACUGCUCAGCAAACACUUUUACUCCAAUCUGGACCUGCUGAAGAUACCGCAGGUACGCAAUCCGGUUGUAUUUGUACCACCUGCCUCGUCACAUGGCAACGAAGGCAUGUCUUCUACCCCUGCACAAUUGGCGACGGUGGCUUCAGGAGCGGCUACAUCGGCUGUGGUGCCUUUACCAUUGGUUCCCGUUGCGGCUUCCGCGCCAGUUGUUACAGCCAAAAACCCGGCAAAGAAACGAGCUGGAAGCAGCAACAAAACGCAACAACAGCAACAGGAGGCGCAGACUGGCAAGGAGAUAGCCAGCAAGAAGGACGGCAGUGCAAAACAUUCGGUUAAAUCCUGCCCCAAAAUGGAUGAGGUCAUUAACAACCACAUUGACGACGCCAUCAAUUCAGUGAUUUUGGCUGUACAGGCAAGCUUGCCGGACGACGAUGAGGAUGGGGUGGUGCCCAGUAAUAUAGAUGUAGCGCCCACAAAAUGCGCAAUCACGGUGCGGGAAAUUCCUCCGACCCCGGCAACUGCUCCCCUUAAACAUAUGACACGGAACAAUUGCAUCGCAAGCACGGACACGACAGGAAUGCCUUUCUCCUCCGUUAUUUCCGAGCAACCACCACCACUGCAACCACAACAGCCUACAGGACAACAACCUGCACCACAGUUGCCUAUAGCUAUGCCUGCUACUACUGUCUUAGAGCAGGUACCACCGGUGGCAUUCUCCAAGAAUUUAACACCAAAGAAGCGUAAUAUGCGCUCCAAGACCAUUGAUUGCCGCUCGGCCCUGCUCAUUGCCGAGGUGGCACCCAGUGUAGUGCAGGUCCCCUUGCAGCCAAUGGAUGUGUUGACGCCGUGCAUAAAAAUGCCAGACAUGGACAAUAACCAAGGUGUUGCUGCAACAGCAAUGAACGCGAACUUAGUUCAAGAACCGACGUUGGAACAACCGCCGGAAAAAUUGGCCACAGUUCCCACAGUUCCUGUCACGGCAACCAAGCCGGUGUUGCAACCAUCUUUGGAUGCGCCGCAACCGGAGCACUCUAGUCAACAUAAGGAGGCAACACCACCACCAGCUAUGUCCAAGCAAGUCGAAAUUGAACCCAGUGCGCCACAGCCAACCACUGAAGCGAUUCACGAACUGCCGCCCGCAUCCGCACCAUCGGUGGCUGUGUCCGUCAUUUCGGUAGCGCCCGCUGUAGCGCCUCGCAGCAGCACGCCUGCGGUGCCGCCGACAGAGUGCAGCAGUCUAAGCGACAGUACCACCGCCGUCUGCACACAGGCAGACUUACCGACCAAGGAGGGGCCUACCAUGCAAGAGACAAACUGCAGCUCCUUAUGUGAGGAGCACAGCAGCAAUCUCAACAACAACACCAGUUCUGGUUUUCAUAGCCUGGCACAGUCGGAGAAUGUGGCGCCAACUGCUGCAUCUGGUCUAGUUGCGACAACCACCGAACAACCCCAGUCCCACGAUGCAGAGGUCAGCAGUGCCACAGCGAGCAGCAUCAGUGCCAGUGUGGCUAGCGCCGUUAGUGACCCCAAGAAAAAGCAGCGUCGCCGACGCAAGAACGAACUGGCUGCGAUCGUAGCCGAUCAACUGCUAGAGAGUUUUAAGAUCGACAAUGCACGUCGUGAUAACUUAAAGAAGCUAGAGAAUUUGGCAUACGAAAAAAGCGAAGAUCUUCUGCUCACGGGCAUGCUGCUUAUGUCUAGUACAAAGCGAAAUGCUGCGCUGGCCCCACAGGCGAGUGCUGCGAAAGCUAGCGAUACGAAGCGCAGCAAAGGUGAGCUCAAGGCCCAGGAAGAAUCUGUUUUGACGACCACACCUACAAGCACGCGCGGCAGACCCAAGCGGAGGCAGAGCGCCUACUAUAGGCGAGGACGUGGCAAGUCCGCAACGCUGGCCAACGAGAAUAUAAGCUUGUUGAAAUCGUCACUAGAGUCCUUCUCCAUUGGCAUAGAAAAGCAGUUGAAGGCCAAAAGCAUGGGCGGGUCCAAAACGGAGAAGGCCGGUGUGGCUGCAAAUAGCACACCUAUUUUGCGCCCCAGCAUACUGGCCACAGCGGCCAAGGAGCAGCAGGCCUCAAAAUCGGCUCUUGCCAACGAGGGAACAUCAACGGCUGCGACACCGACUACGGCAACCACGGCAGUUGCGGCAGCACCCACCUAUAGCCGUGAUCCGCGACUCAAUAAGAAUAUACAUAAGGAGGAACGACAGGCAACGACAGCGACAUCAGCGAAAGCAACAACGGCUCCUGCAAAGGGUGCUGAUAAGACGGAAAUUGGCGAUCUGGAGGAGGACAACUAUCUCACUGAAAUCGCCAAGAAUGUAAAUGAAAAGAUCAUGUCGGCUGACAAUGAAGACUUUGAGUUUGCCAACGAUGAAUUCGAAUUGGAUCAGGAGCAUGACCAGGAUGAUUCGAACAGCAAAUUCUAUCGUCCACCUACCUCUAUGAGCGUUCGCAGUGCGCCGAAUCUCAACGAUGAUCACUCAAACUUUGGCUCUAUCUGCGAUGAAAACACUAACACCGAGGUAAUGGACAUGGAUCUGGACGAUGAAAUGAGCGUGUAUACAAGCUACUCCCAAGACUUGGGCCGUGGCGGUCGUGGCAGGCGUCGACGAAGACGCCGCAGUGUAUUGCUCACCAGACGACCUAAAAAGCGCUCGACACGACGUGUCGGUGACUUGGAGAGCGAGAAAUUCGAGUGUGAGCUGUGUAAAAAGACCUUCUUUACGGCCACGUCGUUAUCCAAGCACAAUAUGACCUUGGCCCACGUCUCCAAGCUGUCGGAACAGGAGUAUUUGCAGAGCAAAAGUAAUCAGCAUAUGCCAACAACAAUGCCGAUAACGGCGACCUCAUCCCCGUUGGGUGCCAAGACAGCUUCCCCAUCGCCUGCCACACCUACCACGCCCGUUGUGAACAAUUGCUAUGUGAGUAUGACGCCCAUAUCAAACAUUAAGCAGAACCGCGCCUCGGUCCUAAUGCAAUCGACAUUGCGCCGUCGCUCCAAGUCCAUGUCACCGACUCCAGCUGAAGCAAUUGCCCAACCACAGGCCCAGGGCGCACAUGUCAUAACCGAGGCCAGUUUGCGGCUCCACGACAGCCAACAGCAGCAGCAGCAACAACAACAACAGCAGCAGCAAUCCCAUCAAACAGGCAACAAAGAUGUAAGCCAGCUGAGUUCGCGUCUGAACCUCAAUCCGGAUGAGCGUCUUUUCUACGAGUGCUGCAAUAUCUUAAAGAGCGCAGAGACGCCCCGUCUCAACCUGCCCCCGGCAACGCCACAGCUGGAGGACCCGUUGCACAACGAGAUAUAUCCAUCAACUUCUGUGCCAACCACACCGGCGGAGCCCGCAACACCAAUACCCCCAGUCGUCGAAAGUGUGCUCAAGCCGCCAACUGUGAUCGUAAAUGCUACACGCAAGCUUGUGCGCCCAGCUUCCGAUCACUUUGUACCCAUUGAGCAGGAAACGAUAGCUGCUAUCAAGCCAACAGUGUUUCAUGCACAAAACCCGCAGACACCGUCGCCGCAAUCGCCACCUUCGUCACCUCCUUCAUCACCACCUCCACCGCCCGCCCAAAACGUUUCGCAUCAGCCAGUCAUUCAGCAGAACAGCAGUGCCAACGAUUUUCGCAAUCCAUCCACCAUGCAUACGCCAUUUAACAAGCCCACGGUGGGGCCUCCACCACAACCACCGCCAUCAAUGCCAUUGGUCAAUGCCGAAAACAAUAAUCGUCUAUCUCCCAACUAUUCUGCCUUAUCUCAAUUUUCUGCUGUAACCAACAUAACGACCACAACGUCCCGCUUUAAGACCAAGGCGGCCAUGAAAGGCUAUGAGAAUGUGAACAUUGAUCUGACCAUACAACGCGAGCUGGAGACCAAAUCGCGUGCCGUUUGCAAACUUACAGAGCUCGCAGACAUUGCGCUGGGCAGCGAGAAACCAAAUUCGCGUGAAUUUAUCCCGAUUACGGAUGCCACACCGACACCGGCUACGCCGCAAACAGCCGUAACGCCAACGACCUCGGAGCAGCACAAUGAAAAGCGAGCGCAUCCCAAUGAGUAUGCGUCAACGCCGGCGCUGAGCAAACCCAACGAGAAUCAAAGCUCCACCUCAUCGAAAACCAUCAUGCAUGCUUCGAUGAUUAAGGCGACGGCAACAGCGGCUGCAGCAAGCAGCGUCUUGCUUCAUAGUUCGGCACCACAAAAUAAAAUCAUCAUACCAGAGCGGCCAUUCAAGAAUAUUGGACUCGAGGAGAAGGAGACCAUCACGUUCCAGAAGCCCAAGGCGAGCAUCAAUCUGCUGACGGACGACAACAAUAGCGUGUCCACCGCCAGUUACUCGGAUCGCGACGACUACGACUUCGGCACCUUGAGCUGUGACGAUGAAAACAGCGUGAAGUUGAGCAACGAAAAGCUGGCCACCAAACAUUCCUCAUCCAGCAGCUCUUCUUCGGAGCACAGCAGCAACAGCAGCAGUACCAGCAACUCCAGUCGCGCCACAGCCAAGACAUUUGAGAACAAAUCCCUAAUCAUGGGCAGAAUCUUCAAGAAUGCCAGUACCAAGGCCAAGAGCAGUGGAGCCGGUCUGGGCGUUAGUGUCGGCAUGGCAUCUACCGGCGUCAUGAGCGCUGUUAAGUUAAAGGGCGUCGGUAUAUCCAGGGAACAACAACAGCAACCAAACCUCAUGCCUCCAGCCCCUCCCAAGGCAAAUCUCGAUCAGAUCUUUGAUGAGUUGCGUGGCGGCGGUGUUGGAGCAACACCAACCACUGCCCCAACUACGUCGACAGUGCGUGCCAAGCAAUUCACGGACUUUGAGCCCGUAUUAGCGCCUGAGAAUGAAAACUGGCAGCACACCCCAGAAGGGGUCAUUAAUGUCAGCAACAAGCUUGUGCCGCCUCCAGUGCCCGCUGUAACAACGCUGGCCAUGCCUGCGCCGCCUGUACCGCCGUCACCGCAUGUGGCCUCCUCCGCUAAGGGAUCUGGCAAGGCAACAAAGAGUCGAGCCGCGGCCACAGGGCGUAAGUCCUCGGCGAAAACGCAACAAAACAAAAAUGCCAAUACAAAGCCAGGCAAAGACAUUUCCAAGCUCCAAACAGAGCUGGGCAUGAGUCCUGAGGAAAUCGAGAAGCUUAUUGAUGAGGGUCAGCGCAAAUCGAAGCGUCGCUGUGCCACCAAUCGACCCAAGAAACUGGUAGAGACAUGGAGCUCCGAUGAAUAUGAGGAGUUUUUGUCCACCAAGGACAUUAUUGCGCUCAUUGAGGAGAAGGAGCAGCAGGAGAAGCGACGCAAACGUAAGACGAGCACAAAUCUCUCAAACACCAGUGAUAGCCAUGAGCCAGCAAUGGCCACAGCUAAUAAGAAACCCGAUGUCAAUAGUCGAGCACGCGAUAAAUCUGCCGGUGCUGGUGAAAAGGCUAAGACCACAGGAGCCAACAAGAGAAAGAGCACGAGAGAACCCAGUCAGGCUCGCAAAAGUCGAGCUGAAAAGUCCGCCAAUGUCAAUGUUAAGGGAAGACAGCGAGCUCCAGCAAAGAGCGUAAACGUGCCGGAACAGGUGGUGGAGCACGUUUCAAAGGGCAGGCAACGCGGGAUGACGCAAUCGACAGAGAGUUCUGUUGUUAAUGAGGCUCCGGCAACUGAGAAGAAAGCGAAAGCGAAAGCGGAAGCAAAGCGUGCCAAACAAAAUCGUGGCGGAGCUGCUGCCAAGGCAAAUCGUCCGUUGGAACCGAUGCAAAAGGUGUCUGUAGAACCGGAACUAGAUUUCGAGCCAGAACCACAUCACCAUCGUUCGACCUCACGGCGCAAGCGGAACAAGGAGCAGGCCAACCCGCUACCCAGUCCCCAUGGAAGCCUCACGGAUGUAAGCGAGCGACUUACCGAUGGAGCCACUGCGGAGCAACAGCAUCGAGAGACGAGUUUCGAAGGCACGGACAUUACCCAGAAUUAUCUGAACAAGGCACGGAAUAGUCAAAGAACCCGAAGGGGACGACAACAGCAGCAUCCAGCACGUAGAGGAGCUGCAACUGGCGGCGACAGCAGUCGCACCCAAUCCGAAUCCUAUGCGACGGAUGCUGGCACGUCUGUUACGGAGGAACUUAAGCCCGCGACAAAUCAUUACAAUAGCCUGAGCUCCUCAAUUCCCAUCGGCGGCACCAGCAGCGAACCGCAGCUGGCCGAGAUUCCAGCCCCUGUGGCGGGUGGUGGGGGUGGCUUUGGCAAUUCCGCCCAUUUGUCCGCCAAACUGAAGCGGCCCACUGCCAAUGUCGGUGGUGGUGCUGGCCUAGUUCCUGUAGCUGGCAGCAGCAAGGGGGGAAACAACAACAAUAACAACAACAAUAUCAGCAGCAGCAACAAAAAUCUAAAAUGUAAACGAAAAUCUCAAGCGAAUCGUCAAUCGCCGGCACGUCGCAAACGGCCUGCGACUGAGAAACAACUCUACUAUUGGUCCUCGUCCAGCGAUGAUGACUUUGGUCGAAUCGAUGCUGCGGCCCAAGGGGAACAGGAACAAGAGAAGGACUUCGAUGACAGCGAGCAGUAUCAGAAGCACGGCUGGAUCGUGGGCGAUUCGCACAAGAAGCUGGUCAAGCUAUUGGCCAUUGCCAAGGGUAGCAAAAAGGUGGACAAUUGUGGCGUUAAGAGGCGUACACCCAAACGCAAGUGCUAGUAGGAGCUACAGGGGUCAGUGGCGGCGCGGGCAGCCGCCUCUGGCCCACCAAUGGACGAGGACUACAAGCACGUCCACGAAAAUCAGAAGCAACAUCCACAUUCUCAUCCACAUCCACAGUCACACUCGCAGUCAUAGGCACUGGAACUUCCAGUCGACUUCAGUUAAUCAUCGAAAUUACCAGCUGGUUAGCACUACAUGGUUGGUUAGCUUCUCUGGUUGUUAAUUUCACUUACGCAUAUAUACAAGAAAAUAUUUUUCUUUCUUUUAAAUAUACAUAAACUACGUGUUACAUUA